ACUGUUCCACCUGUGUAAACCUUAUAUAGACAGGUGUGUGCCUUUCCAAAUCAUGUCUAAUCAAUUGAAUUUACCACAGGUGGACUCCAAUCAAGUUGUAGAAACAUCUCAAGGAUGAUCAAUGGCAUCAGGAUGCAUCUGAGCUCAAUUUCGAGUCUCAAAGCAAAGGGUCUGAAUACUUAAGUAAAUACAUUUGAAAACAUGUCUAAAAAACUGUUUUUGGUUUGUCAUUAUGGGGUAUUGUGUGUAGAUUGAUGAGGGGGAAAAGAUUAUUCAAUUUUAGAAUGAGGCUGUAAUGUAACUAAAUGUGGAAAAAGUGAAGGGGUCUGAAUACUUAACGAAUGCACUGUAUUACACUGGCAGAGUUUUCUACCAUUGGCAGUUUUGUACACAGUCAUGUGAUACGUGGUAUAGAAAAGUCCAAUCUUAGGAGAGUACAUGGGAGGCACUAUACUGUGUGUCUGCAGGUGUCUAUCUGGUCUAAACCACUGAUACAGGUGCCCCUCCACCCUCUGGUGGGAUGGAUCAUGUCUACAGAGAAACCUACAUUCAAAUACUUUGAUUUGUGUGUUUUGGGUAUAUGUUGUGAAAUUGUUAGAUAUUACUGCACUGUCGGAGCUAGAACCACAAGCAUUUUGCUACACCUGCAGUAACAUUUGCUUAACACGUGUAUGUGACCAAUAAAAUGUGAUUUGAUUUGAUUUGAAAUAAACGUCCUAUUUAUCAAAGGUACUUUUGGCUGGAGUCAAAAUGACUCCAAAGGAUUUGAGUUUGUUAAAAAUCCAUAUUGAUACAGAAACACUAAACCAUGAUUUAGAUGUAUUAAGAACAAGUUGAUUGACAAAGUCAUGAAAAAUGGAAUAAACCACAUUUUGGCUCUGAUAAAAGAUAUGGCUCAGGGGUCAAAAUGAUCCAUGUCAGAACUAUGGUUCAAUGUAAAUAUGUAGUGGGUCUAAAGUUUGUUUUAAAUUAUCACUCAUUAAACACGAAUCAAUCAACACAUGCUUCUCUUUGAACGACUUAAUGUAAUAUUACACUUUUAUGAAAUAAAUGAAAAUAAACUUUUGGUUCCUCAACUGCGUUGCCCACUCCAGUCAGCAGAUGGCGAUGUGCGUCUUUUAGGUUCAGGCGAUGCUGCCAGUGUGACGUAUAAUCUAGUGGACGGGACGCUCCUUCAACAACAACAGUUAGUCAGACACCUCGGUAGCUUUCUAGCAAACAUAGCUACAACAUUCACGCUCUUUACACUGUUUUGGUGUAUAUUAGUCGCUGUGUUUUGAACACACUUCUGUGGUAUGUGCUUGUUGGCCUAUUUAAUUAUAUAAUUACGUUGUUUGUCAGCUAGCUGGUUUGCUAAAUUAGCUUAGAACUAGGCUAGUCGCUAAUGCUAGCUAGCGAACAUCCCCGACCAUGAGUUCACUAAGCUACUCUCCUCCUGCUAAAAAAGAGGUCUUCUGGACGGAGAAAGAAGCUCAUCUGAAAGAGAAGGAUGAGGAGAAGGAUGUUACAAUACAAAAACAAGUAGAGGGUGAAGCUGUUACCGUGAUAGAAGAAGAAAAAAACGUUUCUGUGGAAGAAAAGGAAGACUCGUUCAGAGUGAAAGAGGAGGAUGUUACAGUAAAAGAAGAGGAGGCUGAGAGAGGAGGAUGCAGUUUUUGGAGUGAAAGAGGAGGAGGGGGAGAUGACUGUCACAUCGAAAAAGGAGGAGAACGACGAAGAGGAGGAAACUGGACAUCUGGGCCCAGUUUCCCAAAGGCAUCUUAAGGCAUCCUAUGGUUCGGAGGUGAACUUAUCCGUAAGAUGGUUUUGAGAAACAGGGCCGUGAUUAACAUUAGAGAGAGACGUGACUAUCGUGGAUCCUCUGGGGAGCCUCAACAACAUCAUGAAGCUGACGAGGCAGAGAAGAGUCCCUCCCGAUCAGAACACCCCAAGAAACACCAGAGGAGACCCACAGGGAAGAAAUCUCACUGUUGCUCUGACUGUGGAAAAGGUUGCAAAUCUUCAUCAGAACUUAAAAUACACCAGCGAGUACACACAGGAGAGAAAUCUCAUCACUGUUUUGAUUGUGGGAAGAGUUACUUAAGAUCAAAUUCACUAAAAGUACACAUGAGAAUUCACACUGGAGAGAAACCUUAUAGCUGUGAUCAAUGUGGGAAGAGUUUUACUACAUCUAGCCAUCGGAUUGUACACCAGAGAACACACACAGGAGACAAAUCGUAUAGCUGUGAUCAAUGUGGGAAGAGGUUUACUCAGUCAAGCAGCCUCUUAUCGCACCAGAGAAAACACUCAGGAGAGAAACCAUACAGCUGUGAUCAAUGUGGGAAGAGUUUUACUCAGUCAAGCAACCUGGUAUCACACCAGAGAACACACACAGGAGAGAAACCUUAUAGUUGUGAACAAUGUGGGAAGAGUUUUACUACAUCUAGCCAUCUGAUUAUACACCAGAGAACACACACAGGAGAGAAACCUUAUAGCUGUGAUCAAUGUGGGAAAAGUUUUACUACAUCUAGCCAUCUGAUUGUACACCAGAGAACACACACAGGAGAGAAAUCUUAUAGCUGUGGUCAAUGUGGGAAGAGCUUUACUACAUCUAGCUAUCUGACUAUACACCAGAGAACACACCCAGGAGAGAAACCUCAUAGCUGUGAUCAAUGUGACAAGCGAUACUCUGAUAAAAGAUCUCUGAUCAAACAUCAGAAAAUACAUACAUGAAGGAGUUGUUUCAUGAUAUCAAUGAAAUUAUGUCACAAUGUAGAAUGUUUUAACAUUGUAGUAGGAGUAUUUUACUGAUGUCACAAUGUAGAUUGUUUUCACAUUGUAGUAGGAGUAUUUUAAUGAUGUCACAAUGUAGAAUGUUUUCACAUUGUAGUAGGAGUAUUUUAAUGAUGUCACAAUGUAGAAUGUUUUAACAUUGUAGUAGGAGUAUUUUAAUGAUGUCACAAUGUAGAUUGUUUUCACAUUGUAGUAUGAGUAUUUUUAUGAUGUCACAAUGUAUAAUGUUUUAACAUUGUAGUAGGAGUAUUUUAAUAAUGUCACAAUGUAGAACACUAAACGUUUGCCCCCUGUUCAGUUGAUUUCAGCAUGAUAUGGAUAUUAACCUCAGGGGGAAAAUCCAGGCUAUUAAUCCAGUACUAUUUAUGUGAUGUAACAAAAAGUGACUAACAAAAAAAUAGCUGUGUUACACUUACAGCAUUGGUGACCCACUUGAAUCAAAAUGUAGCUCGCUGUUUUCUACAAGUUGUCCUCUAACCAGUGAUGUACACAUUAUUCCCAGAUUCCAUCUGGUUUUUGAGCUGUUAGUUUUAACAUGACAUGCAACCUCAUCUCCCCACUCUCACGCAAAUGAUUUCAACAUGAUAUCGAUGAGUGAUGAAAAAUAAGUGUUUCGUUCCUUUGUUUAGCGACCCCUAAGUUUAAAUGCAUCACUCCAAAAUGUAGCUGACUGUCUUCUGCAGGUUGUCCUCUAACCAGUGAGGUAAAAUAUAUCUCCCACUUCCAUGUGUUUGUUUAGUUGUGUUAGUUUCAACAGCACAUACAACCUGAUUUCCCCCUAAUUGAUAUCAGUGAUUUAUUGCUACUUGUCAAAACAACAGUGUUUCUGGUGCUUGUGCAUUUUAAAAGGUGCUUGUUUUAAAAAAUACAAGUAAUAUGAUUA